AUGAACCUGGGCUAUGCAAUAGUUUUAUUUAAUGCUUUAUUAAUCGCCUUGGUGUAUAGUGCAGUUAUUGUGGAAGAUGGUGAUGUUGAACAACAAGGACUUUAUAGUAAGUCUGAUCAUGUUGAUAUAUUAACAAAUCGUAAUUUUGAAAAGAAAAUUUAUGGGCAGAACCAUGCGAUUGUGGCUCAAUUCUACAAUAGCUAUUGCGGACACUGUCGAGCAUUUGCUCCCAGAUUUAAAGCCAUGGCAUCUGAAAUGAUAAAUUGGAGAAAUAUUAUAAGGCUAGCUGUUAUUGACUGUUCUGUUGAAGAAAACAAUGAGAUUUGUAGACAGUUUGAAGUAAUGGCUUACCCAUCCUUACGCUAUUUGCAUGAGAAUUAUGUCAAAGGAAAUGGUAAUGUUGGUGAUAAGAUACAGUUAACUGACACACUAGAAAAACUUAAAGCUCAAAUAAUCACUAGAAUGCAAAAUGAUCAAACUAUUGGAAAUCUACAAUUUGCACCUUCUCUUGGUAUUGAAUCCAUCACAGACUAUGCAUCUGCUGUUAAAGAUGUGCCUGCCAACAUUAAAUACACAUUUCUUGUAUUGGAAAAUGCUAAUUCUACAUUAGGAUCUGAGCUUGCUUUAGACCUAAAUGAUUAUCCUAAUGUUAAAGUAAAGAGAGUGCAUGAAACUAGUGAAAUUGCAGAAGUAGCAAAUAUUAAACAAUUUCCAGGACUUAUAGCUAUCAGUUCUACUUUAGAGUCUACGACACUUGUGCCCAAAGACUAUAGUAAGUUGGGGUUACUGAAAGCAAUUAAUUCAUUCUUGAAAUCUAAAAACUAUGCUUUUCCUGCACGUGAUCAUGGUAGUCAGGAAAUACUCACUAAUGACCACUCCAAUGAAAAACCUGUGACUGUCAAUACUGAUCUUGUAUAUUAUAGUGACUUGGAGAAAACAAUUAAAACAAGUUUACACACUGAAAUCACUAGAUUUAAAACCCUGACUGGUGAGCCUCUGCAAGCACUCUUAGACUAUCUGGAUGUUAUCAUUGUCUCAUUUCCUUUUAGAGGGAAUCUUAGAGAGUUUAUCACAGAAUUGCGUACUACUCUUGCAUCAAGGAAUAGCUGGGAUGGUGGUGAAGUCUAUGAAGUAGUUAAACAGUUGGAGAUAACACAUGCACCAGUAUACACAACCAAUUUAGAAUAUGUGAGGUGCAAAGGUAGCCAGCCAAAAUUCCGUGGAUACACUUGUGGACUUUGGACACUAUUCCACACUCUAACUGUAAAUGCCGCUCAAAAACCUGGUAAAGAAAGUCCAAAAGUUUUAAAAGCUAUGCAUGGUUAUGUGAAGAACUUUUUCGGCUGCACAGAAUGUGCUGGACAUUUCCAAGCAAUGGCAGCAAGAAAUAGAAUAUUUGACGUGAAAGAAAAUGAUAAAGCUGUACUUUGGCUGUGGAUAGCACAUAAUGAAGUAAAUCUUAGGUUAGCAGGAGAUAUUACUGAGGAUCCUGAGCAUCCAAAGAUCCAGUUUCCAAGUGUCGCCAGGUGUCCUGAAUGCAGGCUAGCCCGAGGAGCUUGGAAUCUUCCAGCCGUAUAUCAAUACCUUCAAAAUGUUUACGGUGCCUCAAGUAUCCAAUCCAUGCGACGCGCAAGUGCAGUUCAUAAUUACGUCAUCACGGCUAUGGCUAUGGCUAUGCUCCUAUUGCGCCCUAUACCAGAUGUGCCCAAUUCCGAUUCAGACCUACUUAAGCAUGGUCGUCAAAAAAUCUCUGGUAUGACGUACCUACUGCUCACCCUGGAUAUCAAUACUGAGUACCUACGCUCUGAUACCGAGAUUUCUUAUUUGGCAGCCAUGUUAGCGAAUAACCAACUGACGAGCCCGCCUAAUGUACUUAUAGGUAUGUUUAAACCGAAAACAAGUGCAUGA